AUGACCGAAGAGAGUCGUGCCAAGCAUGGACCAGGCACUGGCAGCCUGGCGCUGGCUCUGCCCUCUUCUGCUCCAGUUUGUUCCCAUAUUGGUAAAGUUCCAUUUACUCACAAAGACCUCAGCCCAUCAGACGAAGAGUGGAGACCCCACAGUGGCUCCUGGUGGCCGUGGCUACAUGAUCUGGGGCAAUGCCAAGUGGGAGGCUGGUACAUGGCUGAGAACCUGCUGGAGUGCGGGGUCCCCGCCAUCCCUCCUGAGCUGAGUGACCUGUCCAGGAUUAUCAAUGGCCAGGAUGCGGUUCCCGGAUCAUGGCCAUGGAUGGCAUACCUACAAGUGAUAAAGGGUGAAGAUGUCUACCAAUGUGGGGGCUCCCUCAUCUGCAAGCACUGGGUGAUCACUGCUGCCCACUGCUCCGUUGAGACAACUGACAAGGUGUUUCUUGGGGUGUAUGACCUGAGAGCUCCUGAUAAGCACUGGCAAGAACUGGAUGUUGAAGAGGUUUUCAUACACCCCAACUUCACCUUAGAGACAGUAAGCUAUGACGUCGCCCUGAUAAAGCUGGCCACACCUGCCCAGCUCAACGAGAGGGUGUCCCCCGUGUGCCUGCCCCGUCCCUGUGACCGCUUCCGUCCUGGGACUGAAUGUGUCACCACUGGCUGGGGCUGGACGAGCGUUGACCCUCCUGACGCCUCCACCAAGCUGCAGCAGGCGGUCCUGCCUCUUGUAUCCACCAAGGAGUGCAAGAAAAUCUUUGGCGACCGGAUCACUGACCAGAUGAUCUGCGCCGGGGCCAAUGGCGUCUCCUCAUGCAUGGGUGACUCUGGUGGCCCCCUCAUGUGCAAGAAGAAUGGAGCCUGGACCCUGGUAGGCAUUGUGUCCUGGGGCGACCUAACCUGCCCCACCUCUACUCCCCUCGUGUACAGUCGUGUCACUGCAGUCAUGUCCUGGGUUUGGAAGAUCCUGGCUCAAUAUCCAUGUCCCUGCUUCAGCAAGCCCCAAUAA